UGCUCCUCCUCGGACAGCAGCUGUGCACCGAUGCGCUCUGUGUUUAGGCGGAAAUUAAAUUUUAAUUAAUAGCAAGAGGACAUUAUAAUCGUAUCAAGAACAUAAAGAAACCACGUUCCGUAUUUUCGGACACCAAAAAUCGGCGUACGUAAGAUUUUAUCGCAGUUGCUGUAAAGGAUGUCAUCUGAAAAUGCUGCGUCACAUGAAGCUAGUGACGCAUCAUCCUCCACAUCAGAAGUUGAACCCCUGAGGAUGGUUCUGCUAGGCAGGACUGGAUCUGGACGAAGCUCUUCAGGGAACACGAUCCUGGGCAGAACAGCCUUCUGGGUUGAGGUGUCCCCAUGUUCUGUUACCACACGAUGCAGGAGACAGACUGGGACAGUAGAUGGGCACAGCCUAUCAGUCAUUGAUACCCCGGGGUUCUUCCAUACCCACUUGUGCCCUCAGGAAGUUAUGGCAGAGGUAGGGCAGUGUGUUAGUUUGUACUCUCCGGGACCUCAUGUCUUCUUGGUGACCCUGCAGAUCAGUAGGUUCACCCAGGAGGAAAGAGAGACCUUGGAGUGGAUUAAAGCCAGGUUUGGGCCUGAAGUCUUCAGGUUUUCCAUGGUGCUAUUCACCUGGGGGGACCAGCUGCAGAGCAAAAGUAUUGAGGAUUUCCUAGAAGAGAGUCCUGAGCUUUCAGAGUUUGUCAGCAGCUGUCAUGGAGGUCAUCAUAUCUUUGACAACAGCAGGCAAGAUGAGACAACAGAACACUCACAAGUCAUGCAACUUAUCAGGAAAGUAGAAAAGAUUGUGGAGAAGAAUGGAGGCAGUUACUAUAGCAACGAGAUGUUCAAGGAGGCAGAGAGCGCCAUCAAGGAGGCACAAGAGAGGAUUCUGGGAGAAAGAGGGCAUAUGGUGGAGUCCCUUCAGAAGGAGACUGAAGACAAAGAACGAACACCAGCCACAGAGAGGAUGAGGAGGGAGGAAGAGGAAGCCAGGAAGAGAGAAGAGAAGCUUUUCUGGUGUGAGCUGGUGACUGCGCUGGGGAGAGGUGCUGCAGAAGGGGCAGGGAUCAUGGGGAAGGAUGAGGGGAAAGGGAAACCUGUAAAGAAGGUAAAGGUGGUGGAGAAAGCAGCAGCUUUGGCAGCAUCACCACUCUCCAUAAAAUCAGCUGUAAAAGUGGUGGGAGGAGCCGUCAGAGAAGGAAGCAAAGUGUUAUACAAACACAAAAAAACUUUACUGCACUGAGGGAGACGUGGCUGAAAUAAUUUGAUUUAAAAAAAAAAGGUGAGGCACGUCUUAUGUGUUUUUUCCCCAUGUUCCUCUGAUAUCAGUUGCAUCAGCACAAGCACUUUAAAACACCAUGAACUAAUGCCAAUGUGUGCAAACUGCAAACAAAG